AUGGCCAUUGUGCAGAUCGUGGCCAUGAUGCAAUUCCUGAGCAGCAACGACUUCACCAAGUACAAGGUGACCCUGGCAAAAUGGCGCCUCAUGUCCAAUAUCCAGACCAACAGUGCGCCAAAUGGCUCCAGUAUGAACAGUAAGGACCCCUUUCUGCAGAAGCUGAUCUGCGCCUGGUGCCAUCUCACCACCCUGGGGACGCGAAAGACUCGUGGUGACGACGUCGAGACGCGGCUUGAGACCAACCAUGUAAAGGACAAGACGCAUUUCGAUGACCUGGAGAAGGCAGCCAUUCUCAAAUGGACCAAUAACACUGUUUCAUGUAAUAUCGAAAAGGGCGACGUGCCCUCGGCUGCCUCAACCCGCAGUGGACAUCCUCAGGCUCCGGACCCGUGCAGCCCUUUGUAA